AUGUAUCGGAAACGAUGGACUGUGAAAGCAUUGGGAAUGGAUUUACAAUAUAGCGGCAAUGGGACUGGUUGGUGCAAACCUUUCAAAAUGAUCUGCGUUUUCAUCCUCUUCAUGCUGUUACACGUUUUUCCAGAGAGCAUCGCGUACGAAUCGCAUGUUUUUAUGGCGGAUACCUUUCAAGAACGCACAACAGCGGAAAUUGAUUCAUACUUUGACACCACAAUGCCGUCCAACGUCACUGGUUUGGCUGGAGAAACUGUUCAACUGGCGUGCAGAGUGAAGAACAUCGGAAAUAGAACGGUUUCAUGGGUGAGACAUCGUGACAUUCACUUGCUGACAGUCGGCACUUAUACUUACACGAGUGAUCAACGUUUCGAAGCGAUGCACAAAUUCCAUACAGAAGAAUGGAUUCUCAGAAUACGAUAUCCGCAGCGAAAGGAUUCUGGUAUCUACGAGUGCCAAAUAUCCACGACUCCACCCAUUGGUCAUCCUGUUCGUCUGACUAUAGUUGAACCGGUGACGGAAAUAGCCGGCGGUCCUGAACUGUUCAUCAACAAGGACAGCACGAUAAAUUUAACAUGCUACGUGAGACAUGCGCCUGAACCACCGUCAACGAUAAUUUGGAGUCAUAACCAUCAGGCGAUUAACUUCGACUCACCGAGGGGUGGCAUCAGCCUGGUAACGGAAAAGGGACCCGUAACUUCGAGCCGUUUACUCAUUCAGAAGGCGAUCGACAGAGACUCCGGCCUUUACACGUGUUCACCCAAUAACACUCAUCCUAAUAGUGUACGGGUCCACAUAGUCAAUGAACACCCAGCGGCAAUGCAUCACGGUAGAGGCGACAGAAUGGCCGCGACACUACUUCCGGUCGUCCUACUUCUUCGGAUAAUAUUCUAG